UACAAAGACUGAAAUUGUGGAACGAUGAAGGGGUGUUUAGUUUUCGCUAGUUUGAUAUUGAUAUCGAAUUAUGGUCAGGUAUUUUCAGACGACAAUGAUUCAGUGGAGAAGGUAGAGGAGCAAAGUUUAACCAGUGCACUUGUCAAUCUUUUAAACGGGACUUAUUACAAUCUUAACGAGAAAGUAUGUCAAUUGGAAAGGAAAGUCGAUGCGAUCGAAAGAGUCGCAGAUCCUGACCAUCAGUGUGAGUGUAACGAAACGGAAAUUAACGACUUUAAACGAUCAGUAUCGGAUGAACUUCAUACCUUUUCAAAGAUCCUGUCCGGGUUUGAAAAUCAAAUGCGCAUUUUGCAAAAGGAGCAGGCACAGCUACGUGAGUUGCUCGGUGGAGGAAACAGCAAUGAAGGGGCAUCUACUACUACGACUACGCCCGGCCCACGUGACUGUGACCAAGGCUGGUUCUCUUCUUCGGAAAAGUGUUACUAUGUGUCCACAACGUCCGAGCAAACCAAUUGGAGUAUGGCUAUCUCGCGCUGUACUGCCAAGGGGGCAAAAUUGGUUGAGAUUCAAACAGACAAGGAAGCCUCAUUCAUUAUGAGAAACCUGCCGAGUCGUGUUGGUGAGUAACGUUGAUAUCAUUGC